CUAUCCAUAUGGGCUUGAACGCCACCGGAAACCCAGUCUCUAACCGCGACGCUCCAACAACCGUACUACCCGGGGCGGGACCUUUUGAAAUCUCCAAUGGGUGCAAAGUGUGCGUGUGUUCUGCAUCUACGGCCACUGCUGUGUCACCAGCGACUCUUCCCACACACAUCGUCAGAUGGUGGUCACACCAUGCAGCCAACGGCAACUUUCUAAUAUACACUCUUGGUUCCAUUCUCCUUUGGCCUCGCCUCUCACGCUUUUUUCUUUUCUGGCGAAGUUACAACCGUACGCAACCGACAGGCCCGACACGACCCAUCCUAAGUCACGUCGGAGGCCGAGAUUUGCAAGGGGCCCCAAUAGAUGACAACCCGGGGAAGCUCUUGUGAAACCAUGGUACCCUUCCCCCGUUGAGCAGACAGACGUAGCCGAAGCCGACAAGCGAACGGUCAAGCGUCUGUGUCACCCAUCAUCUCCCAUCACAACAGCCCUGAACCGCCCAAGACGUGUUGGCCAUGUCAUGCCCUGGACGCAAGCCGCAAAGUCCGGACGAAGUAGCGAGCCUAUUCAACGCCCCGACUUUGCCCGCCAUAUCGACUGAGCCGACCUGACCAAGGCAGAGGAGCGAGUGCGCCUGGUCCCAUAAGUCCCCCAACUCCGCAAACCCCGUGGGCACAAUGUUGGUACGACAUUCAAAGGAUUUCCCCCGCUUCGGCGUCCGGCCGAAGACGCCCGCCCAGCAGAACAUGACGACAGCGUCAAAAUCCACCGCAUCGAGGGCAAACCCCUUCUUCUCGCCAGACUUUCUCGAUGACACAUGCAACGCUCGCCCCCGUCGGCAGCCGCUCUCGAGUGUGGAAGUGUUGCUGUCUCCGUCAUCUCCCCUCGUCAAUUCACGAGAUCUGCACGAACACACCUCAUAUCCAUCCUCGGUGGCUGUCGUCAUGCUACCUACCAUCUGGUCGUGAUCCUGUAUUUUUCCCCAUGGUCCUGCCUAUUCCGCCUUUCCGCUAUCCCACCUCACCUAAUUCCGAUCCUUGUCUUGCACUCGCUUGCGGCGUAGACUCAUUUGUGGGCGUUGCUACAACCCCAUCGUUCGGUCGCCCACGCCCGACCUCAUCGUCCCAGGUCUGUCUGUUCUGGUGCUUUGUCAGCUUCCUGGGCUAAGACCACUGUGUGAGUUCAAAGUACGGGUACCUAGGGUAGGAGGUGUGGCGGGGUCGUAGGUGGCUUCAGCAAUUCCCUCUCGCAUCGGACUUGGUUGGAUUCGUCUUCAACUACUCCGCAUCCUUGGACACCCGGAAAUGUCACUUUGCACCAACGACUGGCCCUUCUCCCUUUACCGUAGGCCAUCCUUGCUGUCACGUUGUGAUUU